UGUUUUGCUGGUGUAACAGAAGAAGCAGGAGGACAUACUUGCUCAAGGAAUCUGCAACCAUUUUUCCAGACUCAUCCUCAUUCUGAUCUCUUCACAGAAGGAAAAGAGAACAAAGAUGAUCAGAAAGCCUAAGACGUCAAUCUUAAACCUGGAUCAUGAAAUCAAGUGAGGCUGUUUUCACCAAGAAGAAUCCCUUUCCUCCUGAACCCCGACAAACUAAAAGCCAUUAUAGUCCAACUAGAUCAAAGAAGAUCCCCAAACAACAGAAAAAGCUGGCACUGAGCCCUGUCCGGUUUAUCCAAUCAGCCAGUCCUCCAGAGUCUCCUCCUCUCAGCCCAGAGGACCAGCACUUUCUUCAAGGUUCACACAAUGUCCUUCUCUGUCCUCCAUCUGUAAAGGGGCAGCAGGACUUCUCAGAAUCCUGGCCCUCUACCGAUCAGAGCUCUUCUCCUGCCAGCACAGACAUUCAACAUCCACAACAUACAGUGACCAGUCAAACACAGGAGCCUUCCGUGCUGGCAAAGUACAUUGAGCGUUUCCGUUAUGGAAGGCCACAAAGUCGUGGAGAAAGACAAAAGUUGACAGCUGAUGGAGAAGAUGAUCAGCCGUUUUGGUGGAUGUCCUCAAAUCCAUCACAGCCAUCCAGCUCAACUCCAACUCGAACAUCUAAGGAACGCUUUGGAGGAUCAUCUGAAUAUAGAAAUGAUGGCACAGGCAGCACGCAACACCAGCUCAGACAUCAAGCAGACACUUCGCUUUAUCCCUCCAGAGACCUGCUGGACCUGAGUUCACUUGCUUUAUCUGAUUCCUCACACUGUGAGCAACCAGAGCCAGAAAUCCUUCAUCUUCAGGAAAGAGCCAGAAAACUUCUGCAGAAGAGUGAGCACACACUGAGCAGUGGCUCCAGUGGUUUACCCAUCAGUUCUGAAGGCCUGGGCAGCUCUGAUUUCUCUGAUCCCCUGAGUGUUGAUGAGCCGAUCCGAAAGCCCACAUUUCCCAGCUUGAUAGACACAGCCAACUUGAUAACACCCAAAGACACCGCUGCCACCGCUCCAGAAUCUGUAGGAUCACGACCUCGGCCUGAGGAUGACAUCCUGUUUCAGUGGAGACUUAGGAGGAAGAUGGAGCAGGCCAGACAGUGGACUCACACUUCUUCCCAUAGUUCAUCUCUUCAUCAGCCAUUACUCAGAAGGCUGGCCUUGCAAACACAGCCUGGACUCAUGCCUGGACCCAUGAUGGUGACUGGCAGAGUAAGCACUCCUGCCUCCUGUCUAGUCUCUGAGCCAGUGCUGCCUUUCUCCAGCCAAGUCCACCCUGCAUCCUGCAUCAACACCAAGGCUGAGUCUAUCCCUCAGAGCCACAUGGUAUCAGUUCCUCACUGUGAUGGAGAGAUGGGCCCUAAACAGCCUCAGACUGCUCAUUACUUUACUCAGCCCUGUCUCAGAGGACAGGUCUGCUCUUCAGAAAGCUCAGGAGAGCUGUACAGUAAGCCACAGUACUCUUCUUCUCCAUCUCCAUUUCCACAGCCUGUUGAAAACCCAGAGGAAGCUGGCUGCCAAGGAAGAGCAAGCACGCAAACCAGUGGCAGAGUUGAGGGGAAGAAAAAAACAGUGUCAUGUACACGAAAGAAGAAAUCAGAUAGGUAUGUUAGGAACAGAGAUGUGGUUGAAAGGAAUCAGUGCAAUGUCAAGGCCAAAGGGGGUCAAGAAAAGGUCCGCACUAAAAACAAAGAGAAUGCAGGACACAGAGAGAGUCAGAGUUCGACACGAGGCGUUCGUCCCCGAGAUUCUCCGUCACCAAUACACAACACUCUUGGCCAGGUUGUUUCUGAAGUAUUGUUUCCCAGUGCUGAUUCACCAGUCCAGCCUAGAACCUCAAUCUCCUCCACCUCACCCAUAUUCACCCCUCCAGCACCUUCUCAUUCCCCUUCACCUCCCCCUCAAAGCUCAUCCCAUUCAAGUGAGGUCAUAGGUCAGCUGAUGCAGGAAGCAGAAGAGUCUGAUGGGCUGGAAUUUGAAGACGAUCCCUUACUUUUAGUUCUGCGGCAGCAGAGAAAGUGGGUGAAAGAGCAACUCUGUGAGGUGGACAGGAUGCUGGAUAAAUUUCACAAAGACUGACGAUGCACUUAGGCACACAAUCGUGUUUAUUAUUGCAAACCAAUACAGUGUGUAUUUAUUUUGUGUUUGCAAAUGGAUGUGAAUGUGUUUACACUAUAAAUAAAUCAUUUUGGAAAAAUAAUUCAUGAUGACGCAGCAGUUAAAUUAGCUCAUAGAAUAUUAUAACUCGUACUUAACGCUUACAAAACAAAGUUAUUAAAGAAUAUGUACAGUCAUGAACUCACAAUAACAAUAUCUGAUAUGUGCAACUGUUUUUAAACACAAAUAUUAGAAUGUUUAGAACAUGCUGGAAAAUUCGAGCUGGAUUCUGAAUUCAGAUCAGGUGUUUUCAGUAUGCCUGGAAGUUUAAUAUUAUUAAAAUGCUAAAGAAAAAGGAUUAAUGAUGUGGUGUUUGGCUUGGUAUCAAGUAUGUUUGGAAUUGGCAUUUGGAAAUAGUACCCACUAGCUUUCAUGCAAGAGGAAAUCUGGUCUGUUUCUCCUUAUGCUCAUCCUUUUUAAGAGUGAUUGAAACACAUCUUGGGACAAGAUUAAAUAAAUAGUAGAAGGUCCAA